CUUUGUAAGAGUGAUUCAUCUCACUGUUUUAUACUCUUUGAUACUAUCUGGCUCUGAUGCGCAUGCGCUGUUUCUACGUGCAUGCUACACUUCACAACACGCUGUGAUCUCUCAGUGUUGAUGUAGUUGGAUAAAGUCAAGGUGAACACAAGCUGCUAUAUUCACACAGGAGGAGAAGAAAACACUGAAUUUGUCAGAAAAGAAGCCUAUAAUUAAUCUGAACUGAUCGACCUGUUGGAGUCACUGAUGCUUUAAUAUAAUGAGACGCGCCGACUCAAAGGACAAACCUUCAGUUUACCAACGGGUCGUGUUGAAGAACGCCUCGCCGUACCACUACAUGAAGAUCUGCCUCGUGCUGGAGGAUGAGUCUACCAAACUGAGUGCAGUUGAUCUGAAGCAGUUCAUCAUCUCAGGUCUGAACAACCUGUAUGGAGAGGUUGGAGCAGCGUUGAACUUUGACCUGCUGAAGUACGAUGAAGACGCCCUCACUGCUCUUCUGCGUGUUUACAGCUCGGGUUUGGUGAAGCUGUGGAGCUCCCUGACUCUGCUGGGCUCCUACCAGAACCAGACCUGCGCCUUCAGAGUGCUGCAGGUGUCUCCGUUCCUGCUCGCGCUGUCAGGAAACAGUCGAGAGCUGCAGCUGGACUGACGGAGGACGACGAUCUUCAAGAUGAGUUUCAGGUGGAGCAGUUUGUUUAAUAAGCCGCGGCUGUGCCUCGCUCCUCCCUCCUGC